AUGUGGACCAAUGUUGUAAAACUGCCGGUGCCCUACUACCCAGACACUGUUCCAGGAAAUAACCUACUGUUUGUAACAUUUGAUGAUAGAGUGUAUGGAUUGGGAUCUAAUAGGUGGGGUCAGCUCGGGUUAGGACAUAAUAAACCCGUUGAAACACCACAACAAGUGCCGGAAUUAUACCACAAAAAUAUAUUACAGUUUAUCAAUGGAAAGGACUUUGUAUUGGCUGUCACUACAGAUAAUCAGAUAUAUAGUUUUGGUCGCAAUCAUAAGAGACAAUUGGUACGUUGUGGUGAUUAUCAGACAUUUGUGUUGACAAAUAGUGGUCAUAAGCAUGCACUGCAACUACAUGUGGUGGACAGACAUAUCAUUCACAGAGACCUCACACCCGCUAAUGUGUUGAUUACACGGAAAGGGAAUAUAAAGUUAUGUGAUUUGGCAUUAGCUAAAGAUGUCUAUAAUUGCGAUCCGUUCCGUAUGUCUAAGGCCAAACAUACGGCAGAUGUGGGAGCUGUUGACUAUAUGGCACCGGAAGCCCAGACUAAUGAAUACAAUCAUUUAAGUGAUAUAUACAGUCUAUCAUUAAUUGGAGCUCAAAUAUUUGGUUUCGAUACUAAAGAUAUUAUUAGUGGAAGGAUCACUAAUGUCGAAAAAUACAAUUUAAACAUUAAUAUAAUAUGGGAGAAACUAAUGAACUAUUGA